CGCACAGUUAAUGUCAUUGUAGGAGUAUGACUAGCGUCGCAGCAGUAAACUUGUGUUUUAUGUUUCUGAUUGGAACUAUUGUUGCACAACAUGAUGAUUGCAAUAACAUAUCAGGAUUUGUCCAAGCUGCAGAUAAUUUGAUGCUGCAUGGAGUUAAUGACGAGUCCCUGAAAUAUUUACCAUCAUGCCUGGAAAAUACCUCUCGUGUUUAUAUUCUAUCUGUUCGUGAAAGCAAUUUUACAUUGUCGGGACUAGUCAAUGCAUUGUCAGAUCGCGUCAGAAAGUUCAUUGUCGAUCUUGAAAUUAACAACUGUGAUAUAACUGAGAUUCCAACAGGGGUUUUAUCCAAUCUACCGAGACUCCGAUAUAUUAAUCUUAGAGGCAAUACGAUUUCAGUUCUCGAUGUGCAAUCUUUCAGUAAUAUGACGUCAUUACAAAGUAUAAACCUGUCCAACAACCGUCUUAAAACAAUCCUUCCUAAUACAUUUAUCAACUUGCCGGAGCUAAAUGAAAUUUCCCUCCAGAACAACAAAUUGAACAAUAUUUCCAGGAAUGCUUUCCGGAAUGUGCCUUCACUCAUAGUCAUAUACUUUGACCAUAACCGCCUCAAGGAAAUACCUUACUUUGCUUUUACGCCACCAAGAAUAAAGUUUAUGCAUGCUACAAACAACAGAAUACGGGAAAUUUCAUCCAACAUUAAACGGCUGAAGGAGCUUGUUAAUCUAGAUAUUAGAAAUAACAGUUUAGACAGCGUUCAACGGGGUGUUCUGUAUUUACAUAAUCUGCAAGAGUUGCACAUCAGUUGGAACAAUUUAACAACGCUUCCAGUGGAAUUGUCUCCCCUUAUAGAAAAUGUAUCCUUCAACAUAGCACUUGGAAAUAAUCCAUGGCAUUGCGGUUGUAAUCUAAAAUGGCUUAUAUCUUGGGUAAAGAUGGGUAAUACAAAAGAGGAAAUUUUCUGCGAAACUCCCCAGUACGUGAACAUGAGCUUAUUCGAUGUUGGUGGACUUGAUUGCACAGAAUUGGUUAACACAGCUUUACAUAGAUCAGGCUACAUUGUUCUUACAGUUGUUCUCAUUCUGGUCGUCAUAACAACGUGUGCAACUUUCUUUUACCUUUGUAUUUGGAACAAAAAGGGCAAGUCAAUGAAAAGACCAAUUAGGAUGAUAGUGAAUGGGCAAUAUUAUAUACCACAAUCGGACAAUGACAGUUCCGACGUUACAACAAUAACACUAUCCCAAUCACAGUAUAUGUCUACAGAUUGUCAGAGUCCCAACAAAAAGAAUGUAAAGAAAAUACAAUUCCACGAGAAGAAUAUCACGGGGUUAUUACGACUAGGUAAACGAAUUGGUCGUGGCGCAUUUGGAGACGUGUUUGAAGGUCUAACAGCAGAAUCAAAUAGUUCAUUAUGGAAAAGAGUAGCUAUUAAAAGAAUCAGAGACAACGCAGCGUCAUAUGAUUCAGAUAAUCUUAUCACAGAAUAUCGACAUUUAACUGAUAUUGGGAAGCAUCCGAAUAUAAUACAAGUUUUCGGAAUAGGAAAACUUGAUGGAUCGUUGAUAAUGGUCAUGGAAUUAGCAGAAAACGGUGAUUUGCUGGGUCAUCUAAAAGAAAUUGAAAAAUCUAAUCAUAGAACUAUCCGAAAUAUGGACUCAUCCGAAGAAAAAUUUUAUUUCAUGAACAGGCAUCCAAGGUUGUUUGUUUACAUGUGGCAUAUUGCAAAGGGAAUGGAAUACCUUUCGAAUAUGAAGGUGGUACAUCGAGAUCUUGCAGCCAGGAAUAUAUUGUUAGCUGCCGGAAAUAUCGCUAAAUUAUCAGACUUUGGUUUGUCACGUGAUGUCUACGAAAACGGCUACUAUUAUCAAAAUUCAAAGGGAAGACUACCAUACAAAUGGAUGGGCCCUGAAACAUUAUCCAAUGGAAAAUUUACAUCAAGAAGCGAUGUCUGGUCAUAUGGUGUACUACUAUGGGAAAUAGUGACAUUGGGCAGCAGUCCGUACCCUGGCAUUCCUCCAGAUAUGCUCAUCAAUAUGUACAAAUCAAAAUACAUCAUGCCUCAGCCGCCAUUAUGUCCAGACAGCAUUUAUUCUGUAAUGAAAGAUUGUUGGAAACACAUUCCAGAGGAUAGAACAGAUUUCACUUCACUUGUUGAAAGGUUAGACAAGCUGGUCCAGACAUUUUCAAAAAAGCAAUAUAUGGAUAUUUCUUUCGACCAAGGAGGCCAGAAGGUGUCACUGGUGAACGGUGACGUAACACCAGACUGAAUAUUGGAACAAUUUACCAUUUCAAUGCAGAAGAACAAUAAAAUAUCAAUUGGAUGGAAUGGAUUUAUCAUUUUUACUUUUUUUUUCAAUGAGGCAACUUGAUUUUGAAGAAAGGAUAUUCACUUAAUUGUAAAUGCAAUCCAAUACAUACAUUAUAAUAUCAACAAAAGUGCAAAAAUAAAUGUUUCAUUAGAUAUGAACAUAAGUGUCACCUAAUUUGUUAAAGUAAUUGCAAAUAAUGGGUAUGUUACCUUGAAAUAUUAUUUUGUCUGCAAUGAUAUUUUUCAAUGACAUCUAAACAUUAAUUGGUUAUAUGGAUUGUUAUAAAUAUAUAGGAGCUAAAAGGUGUAUUAUUCGAGUACAUGAUUUAUCUGUGCAUGUAUUAAAUAAUUUUAUCAAUUCUAUUUCUUUCGGUUAUGUUUACUGCCGCGUACUCUAGCCCAUAAUACGACACAGUCUACAUGUUUUUUUUGUGUGAGAAGUGCAUGAUACAAUAAAUGCCACAUUUAAAAGGCGACCCAGGUUCUUUUACAUGCAGAUGUAGUCCCAAACACACCAACAGCUCCCGUAAAGAAUCUGGAGAAAGUGUGAUCCCUCGGAAGCAUUAAUCACAACAAAACUAAAUGAAAAUUGCUGACUUAGUUUAAUUGAGUCUUUACAUGAAGGACAAUGAAAGAAGUGUAUCAUCCAGUAAGUCAGUAUGUGCAUUUAUAUAUAAAUUGUUACAUUACACUGAUUUUUUAUUGUGCCUUUUUAUUGUAAAUCAAGAACAUUAAAUAAUAAAUGAUACUUUUCAUAACUGUUAACAGUUAGCGCAAACUGUAUUUUGUAUGAGAUAUAUUACUUUUGCGACUUCAUAGGGUAUUUGAUUUUGAACUUAUAGCAAACAUAAACCAGCCUAAUUGAUGAUAAAAUUUAUAGAUUAUUUAAGGAAUAUCAAAUUAGCCGCGUCACGACAAAACCAUCAUAAUGGGUUUGAGACCAGCAUGGAUCCAGACCAGCCUGCGCAAUUGCGCAGUCUGAUCAGAAUCCAUGCUGGUCGCUAUGAGUUUCUCUACAUGCUAUAGGGUUUGUAAGCGAAGAGCAUGGUUCCUGAUCAGACUGCGCGGAGGCGCAGGCUGGUCUGGAUCCAUGCUGGUCGCAAACCCAUUAUGUUGGUUUUGUCAUGGCGCGGCUCAUACAUUCUGAGAUAGAAUUUUUGAAGAUGCUUCUUAUGAAUCAAUUUUGAGAACAUAAAGGACAUUUACGAAAGAAACAACAAUUAUAUUCAAUAUUAUGUAUUUAUGUCAUAACAUUUUAUAACUUAAAACGAGACAUUAUUAUAGAAUUAUUUUUGUUAUUAAAUGUGCGUGAAAAUGUUAAA